UAUCAUCAGUCACAUUUUGGGAAAUAUUCUCUAGUUGUCUAAUCAAUCAGUUGCCCAGUGAUAAAUAAUAUGACUGACACUACUUUCAUGCCUGACGAGAGCGAAGAGCCAACGAGACGGUUAGCUUAGAUCUGUGUAAAGAAUAGCCUAUCACUAGCCUGGCAGGAAUUCACCUGUUGUAGUCUCUCUGUCUCACUGUGAGUUAGCACUGAAUUAGCAUGUGUUUAAUGGAAGCAUACCUACACAUUUUGUGAAAUAUUAUUUAAUUCUCCAACUUUGGUGCCUGUUGAGGUCUUGGGUGGCAGAGAGUGGCCGGGCAAGACUGGCAUCAGGGUCCAAGUAACUCUGCAUGGAGAGGGCAAGAAAGAAAAACAGUAGACGACAAUACGACAGGUAAGAGAGAGAGAGAGAGCAAAAACAGGAGGAAAAACACACCCUGAACCCACCAGCUCAGCCCUCCCUUGCCCUCGCUGUCUCCUCCCUUGUGUGACUUCUGAAGGGAGGUGCUCAGCUGGGAGCAGGGAGAGAGACAGCCAGCAGCUCCAAGGGGCAGACACAAUGUGAGAUGCAUGGGAGUCUGUGCAGAGCUGGAAUGGGGUGUUUCGUACAGUAGGUUGCUUUGCAGGCCUGUUUUCUGGAGGGAAAGCAAGGGGCUGGACACAGGAGACGGACACAGGAAUUCCAGGUCACAAGGGCUCCUGUGGCAGAAGUGUUGACUGGGUUGGGCUGGUUUUCCAACCUCUCCUUCUCUGGACCAUGAGUACGACAUAGUAGCACCAAGGAGGGAGUAAACAUAUGAAGGAGAACUUUGAGAAGUAACUGAAAGCUGGUGUUUUACUUCAGGGGUAGACACCUGGCCUGACCUCCUCAUAAUGGGAUCCUCUAUGGGCUUCACUUGUUUGCUGCUGCUCGUUACAACUCUGGGAAAGAACCACUUCUUCGUGUGCGGAGGUUGUUCAGGGAAAUGCUGCAGAGGCAGAGACUUGAGCUGCAUGACCACAGACUGGAGGAUGGAUCGAGUGUAUGGGACGUGCUACUGUGACGAGGGCUGCGUCAGGACCAAGGACUGCUGCUUUGACCACUUCACAGAGUGCCCAGCUCAGGCAUGUGCGGUGAGCAGCUGGAGCUUUUGGAGCGGCUGUGCCAAGCCCUGCCAGCCCUCAGUGCGAGUCCGUGUCCGCCAUGUGGAGCAGCAGCCCAGCAACAGCGGAGAGCCCUGUCCCAGUCUGGAGGAGCAGAGUGGCUGCAGGGAGUACAGAGACCACCAGGGCAAACCAUGUGGACUCAACUCAGGUCCAGCAUUAAUCACAAGCAUGGAGUUUAGUAAAGGAAGGCCCAAGCAUGACCACUAUGGAAACCCCCUGAACCCCGGGUUUUGUGUGGAAUUCACUCUGGAGUCCCGGACGCCCCACUGUACGGUGCAGAACCGACCUCACACACACUGGAUGCGCUACAUAACCGAGGGCUUUAAAGUGUGUGUGGCAUGCGAGCCUCCUGCCAUGCGCAACAAUAGUGGCAGCUGCCAAGGAGACGGCCAGGAAUCAGACAAAGAAGCUCUGCUCCGAUGGCAGGCGGUUGGGAACCAUCAGUGCAGCGGAACAUGGAGGAAGAUCCAGAGAACCCAGCACUGCAACUGUCCGACGCAACACAGCUUUGUCUUCAUCUGAUCCAAACUAAGCACCGCAGAACAACCUUAUGCUGGUGUCUGUAAUACCAUCUCAUCAGUGAAGCAUAAACACUGAACCUGGAUCAGAUUUAUCAGCCCCACAGGCUCUCAGUACUCAGAACAGACUUAAGACACCAGGUUGGUGCAGUGUUAUGAUUAUAAUAUGCUACACAGUGAUAUAAGUUCAUGUUUGAAUCUCUGCAGCCAUUAUGUUUCCAUUCUUGUGCAGGACUGUGUAAAGACACUGAUGUAGGGUGUGCAGUACUUCAGGUUUUCCUAAGACAUACAAGACACCCAUCGAACUGAUUCUCAUACUUUUAUUGUAACAAAUAUCUUGUAUUCAAAGUACAAUUUUCAUUUAAAACAUUGUAACUUAAUUUGUAUUUUUUUUUUAAAAGUUUGAUCUGACUGUGCCUUAAACAAAUAUUUAAGAGGACACACUGCUCAGCUUAUUACUCAGUGUUGAUUGCCCCCUGGUGGUCAUUUUGAUGGCUAUUCUCUUGGUGCAGACAGAGCAGCAAAGAGCACAGUAAAUGUAAAAGUUCAGAGUGAAGAAUUAGACGGUUAUAUAAAUAAAACAAAGCAGAAA